GAUGCAAUAAAAAUGCUCGUAGGUGGCGCCACUAAGACCACUUUAAUUGUACAACAUUUCGGUAAUUAACGUUUAAAAAGAUAUUUUCCAAUUAAUUACCGUUUCAAUUUACUCACUUAGUGUCGAUAAGUAUUAAUAGACUCAAUUAUUGUUCUCAAACGACAUUUCUUAACCGAAUGUUUACUGUAUCCACGAUCGCCCAUUCCAUACCAGGGAGUGACCCGAACAAGAUGACGCAGAAGCGUGGUGCAAGUAUGUCACAUGUUGGAUCCGACGAGGACGAUCCCAGUGGGUGUAAAUAUAGAAGGUUGGAGAACGAGAAUGUACAGGACAAAGAAAGAUUUGCGAGGAACCGGAAAUACUAGCUCAGAUGGCGCGUACAAACCCUCCUUCCUCACCGAUCAAGAGCUGAAACACCUGAUCCUCGAAGCAGCGGAUGGUUUCCUAUUCGUCGUCAGUUGCAACAGCGGAACGAUCAUCUACGUAUCCGAUUCUGUGGCGCCGGUUUUGAACUACACACAAAAUGAUUGGUACGGCACCAGCCUCUAUUCACAGGUUCAUCCGGACGACACAGAGAAAGUGAAGGAACAAUUGAGCGGUGCCGAGCCGGAAAAUGGAGGCAGAGUGCUGGACCUGAAAACGGGGACGGUAAAAAAGGAAGGACAGUCAUCGAUGAGACUAUGCAUGGGAUCGAGGAGAGGCUUCAUUUGUCGCAUGAAGGUGGGCAACAUGCAAACGACAGGCGACAUGGCGGCCGCUCAUGGCCUCCAUCACGUAAAACAGAGGAAUUCGCUCGGUCCACCGGCCCGCGAUGGCCAAAAUUACGCGGUGGUUCAUUGUACAGGGUACAUCAAAAGCUGGCCCCCAAACGGUGAUUUUGUUCCCCCAUGUGUACCAGGUAUGGGACUAGCUGAUAGAGAGGCUGCCGGUGUUCCAGUCGGACCUGAUGGUGUAGUUACAGACGAGAAUGUUAGCAGUCACUGCUGUCUGGUUGCCAUUGGGCGACUACAGGUCACUAGCACGCCAAAUAGUAGCGAUUUAGCGGGUUCAAAUAGCAAUAACGAAUUUAUUUCACGUCAUUCAGCAGAAGGUAAAUUUACCUUUGUAGACCAAAGAGUCGGAGGAAUUUUAGGAUACACACCUUCCGAGCUCCUAGGUCAUCCGUGCUACGAAUUCUUUCAUCCUGAAGAUUUAACGCAUAUGCGAGAAAGUUUCGAACAAGUACUAAAGCUGAAAGGACAAGUGGUAUCUGUAAUGUAUAGAUUUCGAGCCAAAAAUCGUGACUGGGUAUGGUUAAGGACGUCUGCAUUUGCAUUUUUAAAUCCGUACAAUGAUGAUGUUGAAUAUAUCGUCUGCACAAAUACACAUGCCAAGUCAUUCCAUCCUGGUAGCGAUGGUCAGACAGAAAAUGAAGCUGUACCUGCUUAUGGACAACCUGGUUUGGAUUAUUCUCUUCAAAGACAUCCUGCUAGGGAUCCUCUCUAUUCUGGGCAUCAUAUGAUGCAACAUCCAGCAACUGUUGCCACAGCUGGUCCCCAGCAGCCUAGGCCGUCCAGUACACAAAAUGUUUAUCAGGGAUAUGAAACAACACAGUCACCUAUAGCUUAUGGCUCGCCUGGUCAGCAAAGUGCAUCUUCAUCAGUUUUAAGUAGAAUUCAGAAACCAGCUAAUACAUCGCCAACUCCAGUACAACAAGCAUGGGCUAUUGGAAGACAACAACCUGUAACAGAAGGAUAUCAGUACAAUCAAUUAAGUCCUUCGAGGUCACCAAAUGGACCAACUUAUACUCAAUUAAGUAGCGGUGCUAGAACACCGGCUACGCAAUAUCAUGCAGUCACAACAGUACCUAAUAACCCCGGAAUGUGGGGAUGGCAAAGUCAGCAACAUCAAGCACCUCAACAAGACGGUGGACAAUCAAAUCCUCAAGUGACUGGACAAGCGCAACAACCUCAUCCUUCUCAAGGUGGACCUGGCACGCAACCUCAAGAAUUAUCAGAUAUGUUACAGAUGCUACAAGAUCAAGGUGGAGCGUCUGGUUUCGAGGAAUUAAAUAUGUUUAAUACUAAUUUCGAGUAGCGACAACAAAAUAAUAUGAAAGAUAAACAUCUACCUUAAAGAGAGUUUUAAGGUUCGAAUUUCAUUGAUAAAAAGAUUGUUUCGUAAAUCACUUACUUCAGCAUUUAAUGGUGAUAUGAGAAUUCGCCAAUCAGCACCUCACACAUAAACUUUAAUUGAAUUGACUAAUUUACCAUAGAUUCAUCUGACAUUUAUAAUUAAUUUAUGAGUGCUUCCGUUUUGCGAGAAGUUUCUAUUUUAUUGGUUUACAAUACGAUUUUAAUGACCGUAUCAAAGUUUGCGCAAUUAAAUUAUUCGAAAUUCGUGAAUAUCAUUUUACGAAAGUGCCAUUAAAUGUUCUAUUUGAAAAAUAGAAUAUAUAAAGUGGAAACUUAUAAUAUGCACAGAUGGAUCAUUUGAUAAAAUUUAGAAAGCUUUUAAUGAAAUACGAGGUUUUCUAGCAUUUAAUAUGACAAACAAACAGAGUAGAAUUAUUUUCAACAGGAAAUUAAUUAAUUUUUGAGUUUUUCUUUUUUUUUUUUUUUUUUUUUUUCUUAAUAUAAUUAAAAUAUAGAUUAGUAUUGAGCGAAUGAUUGUAAAAUUCUUUUUUUUAUCAUUUUUUUCUAUUGAUUUAAUAAAAUAGAAAAAACCAAUUUAAAAGAAGACAGUGUAAAUUAAGAAAUGACUUUUUAACUCUUCUCACUGUUAAAGAAAGAAAAUGCAAUUAUAGUAACGUAAGUUAUAUUUAAAUUGUACAUUGAAGUUUCAAGAACGAUUGAAGAUAACAGAGAGUUUGAAAUUUCAUUGAAUUGUUGUUAAAUGAAUGUAAGUAUAUGUAUAAAAUUUUGGAUAAAAAAGAAAAGGCAAAAAUGCGUGUAAGAUUUGUAAUUGUUUAAGAAAAAGUGAUUGUUCAUUAAGAUUUCAAAUGAAAAUGUAUUGGAUUAUAUGCAUUUUGUAUGAUUAUUAUCACUUUACAUUUUUAUAGAAUUUUAACGCCUCAUCUGUGCUUAUUAAUAAGUAAUAGAGAGUAAUUUCUCUCCUUUUUUACGUAGCGAUUUUAUUUCAGAGAGGAAACUAGUAUACUUCGAUAAACGUUUAGAAAAAAUGCAUUCUAAACGAUAAGAAAAAAACAAAAAAUAAAACAAAGUAUUUUUAAAAAUUUCUUAAUCAAACUUAAACAUAAAUCAUGGUAAUUUUAAUACCAGCUUAUGAUUAGAUUUUUAAGAUUAGCUUAGUUAUUUUAUUUUAGAUCUUUGUAAUUAUAAAUAGUGCAAUCGUCAAAAUCGACGCUGAACGAAAAGCAUUGUUUGAAUUCACCAACAACAAUAAUGUACAAAAAGUUAUAUGUAAUCCACUUUGCUUCUCUGUGCAAACAAAAAAGGCAAACACCAUUUUUAGAUAUUUCUAAAGAAAAUAUAGAUAAUGUUACACAUACAAAAGCAUAAUUGCAUUUAUAAGUAACCGCGUGUGAUUUAGUGCAUUGUAGAUGUACAUGUCUAGCAAAUUCUUAUUAAGUAGAUCGAAAGAACAGUUGCAGCAUAUCAUGAUGAAUUGGGAACAUUUGUCACUAAUAUAUAUAAAAAUUUACAUUACACGUAUAAUUGUUUUUAAUCAUCCUUUGUCGAAAGUAGCUACGAUUACUGACAAUAAUUAACAUAUUGAAGUCGACGAAGGCAUCAAUAUGUAUAACGCAAUUAAUUGAUUAAACUUCAAAACAUA